GCGGGGAGGGGUGGAGCCCGGCUGCUGCUCCCAGGUUUAUGUUGGAAGCUCAGCUGAUGCGAGCCGCCUGGGUGGACGUCCGUGCCGGGAAGUGGCGCGUCGCCGCUGCCACCGAAGUAGUCGCGGCCUUCAUUCGGGUAAGACCAUGAAUUAUGGCAUUUCUUAAAUGAAGCAUUCAGGACUGAAGUGACAGUCAUAACAGAUAGAAAAUAAGUGAUUUUUAAGUUAUGUCUAUUAAUUUGACUAUAGAUAUAUAUAUUUACCUCCUUAGUAAUGCCCGAAGUCUUUAUGGGAAGCAGAAAAGCAAGCAACUACAUUUCUUGUGCUCACCUAAACAUUACUGGAAGAUAAGCCACAUCAGUCUACAAAGAGGUUUUCAUACAAACAAAAUAAGAUGUAAAUGGACCAAAAGUGAAGCGCAUUCUUGCAGUAAGCACUGUUACUCUCCAAGCAACAAUGGGUUACAUGGAAUUUUGAAACUUAGCACUUCUGCUCCCAAAGGACUUACAAAAGUGAGCAUUCGUAUGUCCCGUAUAAAAAGUACUUUGAACUCUGUUUCAAAGGCUGUUUUUGGAAAUCAGAAUGAAAUGAUCUCACGUUUAGCUCAAUUUAAGCCAAGUUCUGAAAUAUUAAGAAAAGUAUCAGAUGGUGGUUGGUUAAAACAGAAAAACGUUAAACAAACCAUCAAAUCUCUGAAAAACUAUAGUGACAAAUCAGAAAAGAGUUCUGUUUUAGAAAAGCAAAGUCACGUUAUAGAUAAAGAUAAAGAUAGUGGCAAACAAAGCCCUUUACCUUACACAAAUAGUAUAACCACGAAAUUUGGAGAGUCGUUCUAUUUUUUAUCCAAUCAUAUUAAUUCAUACUUCAAACGUGUCGAGAAGAUGUCUCAAAAAAAGGAAAACAAAGAUUUCCAGGACAAGUCAAAGCUUGAAGGUAAAAAGGGUGAAGAAGGGAAGUCCACAUCUGCAACUCCUGGUAUGCUGACUGACAAGAAGCGAGGCUCAGAAUCCUCUUCAGAUACUGUGGACAAGCCCAAAAGUCCCAGUGGGACACCUGAGGUCCUUCCAGUUUCUACUAAAAAAAGUAUUGCUAAUUUUCUUUCUUAUCCUACUGAAGGCGUACAAGCUUUAGUAGGUGGAUAUAUUGGUGGACUUGUCCCCAAAUUCAAGUAUGAUUCAAAGAGUCAGUCAGAAGAACAGGAAGAAGCCCCCAAGGCUGAGCAGGCUGACGGCGACGAUAAAAAUGCACUGGAGAAAAAGCAUUUGAUUCUUCAGAGAGAAAAGAUUAUAGCAAGAGUGAGUAUUGAUAACAGAACCCGGGCAUUAGUUCAGGCAUUAAGAAGAACAACUGACCCAAAACUCUGCAUUAAUAGGAUUGAAGAACUGACUUUUCAUCUUCUAGAAUUUCCUGAAGGAAAAGGAGUGGCUGUCAAGGAGAAAAUUAUUCCAUAUUUAUUACGAUUGCGACAAAUUAAGGAUGAAACUCUUCAGGCUGCAGUUAGAGAAAUUUUGGCUUUAAUUGGCUAUGUGGAUCCAGUGAAAGGAAGAGGAAUCCGAAUUCUCACAAUUGACGGUGGAGGAACAAGGGGUUUGGUUGCUCUUCAGACACUGAGAAAAUUAGUUGAGCUUACUCAGAAGCCAGUUCACCAGCUGUUUGAUUACAUCUGUGGUGUAAGCACAGGUGCUAUAUUAGCAUUCAUGCUGGGAUUCUUUCAUAUGCCCCUGGAUGAAUGUGAAGAACUUUAUCGAAAAUUAGGAACGGAUGUGUUUUCACAAAAUGUCAUUGUUGGGACAGUCAAAAUGAGUUGGAGCCAUGCAUUUUAUGACAGUCAAACAUGGGAAAAUAUUCUUAAGGAUAAAAUGGGCUCUUCACUAAUGAUUGAAACAGCAAGAGACCCCACCUGUCCUAAGGUAGCUGCAGUAAGUACCAUAGUAAACAGAGGGGUCAUACCAAAAGCUUUUGUGUUCAGAAACUAUGGUCAUUUUCCUGGAAUCAACUCUCACUAUUUGGGAGGCUGUCAGUACAAAAUGUGGCAGGCCAUUAGAGCCUCGUCGGCUGCCCCCGGCUACUUUGCAGAGUAUGCAUUGGGAAGUGAUCUUCAUCAGGAUGGAGGUUUGCUUCUGAAUAACCCUUCAGCCUUAGCAAUGCACGAAUGUAAAUGUCUUUGGCCAGACGUCCCCCUUGAGUGUAUAGUAUCCUUAGGCACUGGACGUUAUGAGAGUGAUGUGAAAAACACCAUGACGUCUACAAGCUUGAAAGCCAAACUGUCUAAUGUUAUCAACAGUGCGACAGAUACAGAAGAAGUCCAUGUAAUGCUUGAUGGUCUGUUACCUCCCGACACCUAUUUUAGAUUCAAUCCUGUAAUGUGUGAAAACAUACCUCUAGAUGAAAGUCGCAAUGAAAAGCUGGAUCAACUGCAGUUGGAAGGGUUGAGAUACAUAGAAAGAAAUGAAGAAAAAAUGAACAAACUUGCAAAAAUUUUACGUCAAGAAAAAACAACUCUGCAGAAAAUUAAUGACUGGAUAAAAUUAAAAUCUGACAUGUAUGAAGGCCUUUCAUUCUUUUCAAAAUUGUGAUGAGUGUGUGCGUAUAAUUCCCAUAAAUGAAGGCCUGUUGAGAAGAUCCACAGACCCAGUGAGAAAUCAUAGGGUUCAACAUGAGUUAACUUUGAAAUACUUAUGAAUUCUGGGGAAUCCUGAAAAAGAUGGUGCUUGGACUAGCUUGCACAGCACAGAGGCAGAAUUUAUAAGGGAAUUAGGUUUUUAUGAUGUUAAUAAUUAGCUAUAUUUUAAGAAUCUUAUUGUGCUAGUUUGUUGUUGUAGAUAUCGAUGUUAUAUUGUUUGAUGUUUGAAAAUAUAUUAAUAUAUGCCAAACAACUGAAAAAAUAUCAUACUUGAUAUUUUUGCUUUAGUCACCAUAAUCAUGUUGAAUUUAUUUGAUCAUUGAUUUUCUUCCAUGUGGAAAAGCUAAUUUCUUUUUAAAUUUACAUCACAUGUAUUCACGAGCUACAUUCUGCUAUCCAAAUGUUGCCUUUUACUGUAAUAUCAUUUAAACACAUACAGAAAAGUGGAAUUUUUUCUGUCAAAGUACUUUUACAUUGGAAAUAUGAAAGAACCAGAUACAGUUUUCUAUUCAAACUUGAUUGAUUCAAAAUCAUAGGUGAGAUUCCAGUCAAUCACUUUUCACCCUUGAAAUUUAAAGAUAAUGCUGUAUGUUAACUUUUCUAACUCUAGCUUAUUAUUCAAUGUCAUAAAAUUAAUUUACUAAGAAAAUAUUCUUAUUAACAAAAAUAAACUAUUGAAAUAAUUUGUUAAAAGGCUAAAGUCAUUUUAAGAUUAUUAUUCGUAAUGUAGUUCCCCAUUUCUUUGUAGCAUUUGAUUAUACCUAUCAAGAGUAUGCUUUAAAAAAUAAGUUAGGCUUGCCCUAGCUGGUUUGGCUCAGCAGAUAGAGUGUUGACCUGCAGGCUAAAGGGUCCUGGGUUUGAUUCCAGUCAAGGGCGCAUGCCAGGGUUGCAGGCUUGAUCCCCAGGAAGGGGCAUGCAGGAGGCAGCCAAUCAAUGAUUCUCUUGCAUCGAUGUUUCCAUCUCUCCCUCUACCUUCCUCUCUGAAAUCAAUAAAAUAUAUAUUUAAAAAAAAUAAGUUAGGCUUGUUUUACCAUAUUAACUCCUUUAACUGGAUUUCACAGAGGUUAAUAACAUAAACCAACUUAGAUCAUUGUUUAUACCAACCAAAUUCAUCUUUGUUGUAUUAUCUAUCUGCCUUCUUAAUCCUUAUAUCAUGUUUAGAUUUGUCAAGAAAAUGAAAAAAAAAAGGUAAGUGUCCUUUGCUUUGUGUGUAUGAACUAAAGCUAAAACCACAGUUUCCCAGGUUGUCAUGUUGUUCUUUGCUGAUUCACAGGAUAUGGUGUGGUUCAGGGAGUGCUGAGGGGAGCUGAGAGUUUGAAUGCUAAUCCUGGCUCAAGCUCUAAUGCAGAGAGACCCAUUUGUGACCUGGAGGAGGGCAGACAGCUUCUUGGUUUCAGAUACGUCAUUUGUAAAGUGAGGAAAGCUAGCUCUAAAAUUUUACUUACUUUUCUUUAUGGUAACCUAAAAAGUAAAUUCUGAAAAUGUACAAGCAAAAGAUAGGAAAAGUUGUGAAAAUGAAUUUUCAGUCCUACACAAGUAAAAUACCUGUUCUUUUUAAAGAAACCAAGAAGAGUCUAUCUUAGAAAUAAAAUGUGAUUAAAUUCUCCAACUCAUCAAUUAUAUAAAAAUAUAGAGUAUAAAAAUUGUUUUGUUGCUUAGGCCUUGUUGGAUGUCUCAGAAUUCUUAUUUCUGUAAUAAAUGGCAUGCUGGUGAUAUUUCA